AAGUGUAAAUAUGAAGGUCAUAAAUCUGGCAUUUAACUGCGAGUCUGAACUAAGCACUCUUCAAGCCUGACCUGAACGGCAGCUGCUGUCCGUCUCCUCUUAGAUGGUGAGGGAGUAGCUUAGGAAGGAGGGCGGAGAAGAAAAGAGAAGAGAGGAGAGAAGAGAAGGUGGUGGUGGUGGGGGGGGGGGUGAGGAGAAGAUUUCAGCACCGGAGCUGUUCACGGCUGGCUUGGACAAGACUGUUCUUUCUGCUUCCCACCGUGUGCGCUCUCUUUGCGCGACUCGGGAUAAUAAACCGCGGCGCUCGUUCAUCUCCCCCUGCGGGGCGAACGGCGGCGGGCGACGGAGAGACGCACGUACUUCAUUCGAGCCAAGUCUUUGCCAUGCUGAGCGGCCGGGAUUGAGACAGGGAAGGUUAAAGUCUCCAAUAAGUCACGGUGAAGAGCGACACAUCCCGUUUACUGACAUGGGAGUGCUUAUGUCAAAGAAGCAGCAGGUGGAGAAGGUGCAGAAAUGCAGUGCGGUCGUCUCGGCCUUCCAGGCGGGCAUUAAGGAUCAUGCAGUCAAGCAGACAGAUGCGGAAGUGGGGGAAGGUGAAGAAGAUGCCAAAACUUCAGCCGGUCCCAAUGACAAAAACACAGAGGAGGUGAAACCAGAGGAAACAGACAAUAAAGCAGGUCCGUCAACCUCCCAACAGUCCUCAGCUCCAGUUAGAGAUGAAUGUAAAGUUAACCAGGAAGCGUGGUCGAGGUUAAGGGACGGGAAAGGUGUGGAGCCUGAAGACCUCGACAAGAGGCAUCAACUCACGCCUCCUGCAUUUGUACGACCAAAAAGGGAACCUGAUGAUGACCAGCCUGUUGAGGUGGACCUGGAAAACAAAGAGCAGCCGCCAAGCGACGAGAUGUGUGAUGUCUGUGAGGUGUGGACGGCGGACGACCUCUACCCCUGCAGGAUCUGCACGCGGGUGUUCCAUGACGGCUGCCUGAGGGAGCUGGGCUAUCUUCGUGCCGAGGCCUUGCAGGAGAUGAGAGACACGGCCCACACUGUGACUGGCUGGAGCUGCUACUAUUGUGACAAUGUGAAUCUUCUUCUAACAGAGGAAGAGAUGUACAGUUUAAUGGAGACAUUCAAGCAGUGUAAGAUCAUCCCAGAGUCAUGCCUCGUGUCAGAUGAGCUGCUGCAGUACCGCCACUUUGUAUCCAAGCAGCAGUUUGAUAAGGACCUGAGUGAUGAGCAAGAGGAGGAGGUCUUAGCCCAGUUUGCUUCUCUGGAUCCUGAGAAGAAGGGUCACAUCGAAUGGUCAGACUUUCUCUACUUUGAGUCGCUGGCUGUUCUAAGGAAGUUCAGGACUGAGAACUCACUGGUGCGUCUAUUGACCGCUAAGGAGAGAAACAAGGCAAGGACGGUUUUUCAAGGACUGGUCAUGGAUAAAGACGGCGUGAUCACCAGAGCAGAAUGCCGCCAGGCCCAGCAGUCCUGGUUCCACAAGCUCAAAGAUCCUCAAUCCUGCAAUGUGAGACUCAUGGGAUUCUGCUCUCCUAUGACUUGUGGCAUAAGUCAUGUUGGACCCAUCUGUGAGAGCAGUCCAGCCAGCUCUGGAAGUGAAAGGAGCAAGACCGAUGAAAACAGGCCAUUGACCUGGGCAGACUUUUUAAGGGAGAGUGCCAUCUACAUUUUGGCAGCUCGGCCUAAUAGCUCUGCCAUGCACAUCCGGAUGCCUUUAUAGUCCAGGUUCCUCCAGUGCGGCCUGCAGAGAGAGGAAGAGUGAUGUAGUCCAUGGAUGAACAGGGGGAAGAGAUAAACAUGCCGACAUGAUGUCAUGACAAGUGAAACUGAGGAAACCGAUUGAAGCACCAAGAGGUAGUAGCGAAUGAAGCAAUCAACAGAAACUCUCCUCUCCAGAGUCACUUCAGCAUAACACAGGCAACAUGAAUGUGUUUGAUACACAGACACCCCAAGUGGAAGCAGCUGUCAUAGCUCCAAACUCUAAACAGUUUCCAAAACGUGUAAGAGAUACGAUGAGAAGGACAGCCACCCUCUUCAUGAUUAGCCGGUUUGUGAAAUUUCUGAAACUUUGGGUGUCUCUAUUAACACAUAAGAAGCCAGGAUGCUAAAAGUGACAUAAUGCCAUAUAAGGUAAAUAACACGCAUUACUGAGUGAGUUCAUUAGUGUGACAAGCUGUUACUCUGUUCAAGUAUUUGUUACUUCAAGCUUCUCCAUGUGCUAAUGAUAAACACAUGACAUUGCAUUGGGUUUUCAGUUCAGCGCCCCUGGUGAAUCAAUGCUAUCUACAUACAAUAAAAGCCAACUGCUACACAUACCAAUAUAAAUUAUUAUUCAUUAAAGCUGUAUUUAUUCCUGUAUCUUUAGACAUAUCCCCUGUUUAUCCCAGUUUCAUCCAAGAAUCUGUGUUCUUCUGAAAUACUAACUGUGAAAAGGAUGUGAACAUUAAUGAAAGCUAACCUUCUAAGUGACAUGUAUGUAUAUGUAUAUAUACUGCCAUAUAGUCCUACUGCUUUUGUUGUGCUCUCCGAGCUGCACUAUGACAAAGAAAAAAUUGCUUAUUUCGUUCUAAUCACAAUAUUUGCACCGUGAGACUGAUAUAAAAUUUAAUUAUUGUCUGACAUAAACACUGUAAUGAAUUACUGAAAGAAAGUGAGAUGUGACAGAGAAAUGGGGUUUCUUUCCCAGUAGGCGUAGCUAUUGAGAAAAAAAGGUUGCCAGGAAAAGAUGGACUGAAAGAGUGUAAAUGAGAUUUCCCUUUAAACCACUGGGGUAUUGGACAUUGUGUAGUGUAUAUGAAAGAUGUAUGCCUUGUUCUUUUAAUGAAUAAAGUGUAGAAAUAAAAUUUAACUUUUGGUUGAAGAGAUAUGUCACAGUGUUGUAAUAAACACUUGGAUUUACACUUUA